AUGAGCUCGUCCUCAAUCCGCUUGUUCAACCUCAUCGGCCGCAAGCAAACCGAGCUGACCAAUUACUUCACAAUGGGAAAUCAGAUUCGGCCACGCAGCACCUCACCAUCAGCAUCUCCCAAUGGAUCGAAUGAACCAUCCGCCAAGCGUACUCGACUUGAGACCGCGACUGCACCGAAGCCAUCGAAGCUACAUCUCGGGCACAAGCUAUAUACACCUGGUGCCUACCUGGCUCCCAUGGUGAGAAUAGGAACACUGCCCACUAGACUGCUGGCCCUGGAGUACGGCGCGGACUUGGUUUGGGGCCCGGAGAUUGUGGAUAAAGCUAUUAUCGGAUCUACCAGGGCAGUUGACGAAUCAAGUGGAACAAUUCUGUAUACAAAGAACAAUGGUGCCAGCUCGAUUUGGCAAACCCAUCCUAUAGAAAAGUCUCGUCUAAUUUACCAGAUUGGAAGUGCUAACAAAGACCUCGCUCUUCAAGCAGCACAAACCGUCGCUGAUGACGUCAGUGGAAUUGAUCUCAAUUGCGGUUGUCCCAAGGAUUUCUCUCUCAAGGGUGGAAUGGGUGCCGCUUUGCUGAAAGAACCAGAUAAACUGUGCGGUAUCUUGACGCACUUGGUUCAAAAUUUACCCACCCAUCCGAUUUCGGUCAAGAUUAGAUUGCUACCAAGCCAAGAAGAUACACUGUCCCUGGUCAAGAAGAUAUGCGAGACAGGCGUGUCGUGCUUGACUGUCCACUGUCGUACACAACCGAUGAGAUCCACCGAGCCUGCCCUUUUACAUCGACUCCGGGAAAUCGUUGACUUUGUCAAUGGGAUCCGCACAAGUGAAAACCCACUACCAGUGGUUGCGAAUGGCGACUGUUUCAGUGUUCAAGACCUCCCAAAGUUUAAAGAGUUGACUGGGGUCACACGAGUCAUGAUUGCUCGUGGAGCCGAAAGUAACGUAUCUUGUUUCAGGAUGGAUGGGCUCCUCAACCCGAUCGAGGAGAUCAUGCCUCGGUACAUUCAAGCAGGUAUAGUCACCGGACAAGCCUAUCCUAACGCCAAAUAUUGUCUGUCUACAAUGGAUGUCAAGUCGCACACCAAUGACACCAAGAGCGGUGCAAAUAAGAACAAAUUUACUCGCAAGGAACUCAAGACCAAGAUACAGCAAUGCAAGGAUUGGUCUCAGAUGGCGGAGCUCUUCAAGAUCGAUGUUGAGGCUACACGUCAGAAGCAAUUGAAGCAGCUCUUUCCAAACAUCCUUCCUUUUCCAAGCGUUGUUGAUUGA